AUGGUCCGAAUUGCUCAGAAAAAUGGGAUUCUCGCUCUCUUCUGUUGCGUUCUCAGUGUUCGCAUUCUCCAUUGCACCUGCAUCUCGGAAGAGGGCAAAAUUCUUCUCCAGAUAAAAGCGAGCGAUUGGAUUGACGGAGGUAAUAAUUUGACGGACUGGAAUACUUCUGACGAAAUCCCCUGCAACUGGAAUGGGAUCUCUUGCAAUUCUUCCAAGGUUGUCACUGCAGUUAAUCUCACCGGCGCCUCAAUUUCAGGCAAUCUGACUUCUUCCAUAUGCCUUCUUCCAAGUCUGGAGAAGUUGAUUCUCAGCGGGAAUGCUUUCCAGCGGCCCUUUCCCGACGGACUGUUUGAAUGCAGGAGUUUGCAAGUUCUCGAUUUGUCCGGCAAUCGCUUCUUCGGAAGCCUGCCCAGCCGCAUCAGUGAAUUCAGGGAGCUGAGAGUCUUGAAUUUGGCACAAAAUAGUUUCAGUGGCUCCAUUCCUCCAGCCUUUGGAAUGUUGCCAAACAUCCAAGAGCUCUCGUUGGACGAAAAUAAUUUGAGGGGCACAAUCCCUGCUUUUAUUGGCAAUUUGACAACCCUGACGAAAUUCACUGCUGGCGAUAAUCCUCUCCUAGGCGGUGUGAUACCGGUAGAGCUCGGGAAACUGAACCGGCUGCAUGAUUUACAACUAUAUAAUUGUAGUCUAGAAGGCGAAAUUCCGAAUUUUUUCAGUAAUUUAACGCAGUUGGAUUACUUGGAUCUGUCGAAGAAUCAGCUCGAGGGCAAUAUUCCGGCUAGUUUGACUGCUCUGUCCAAUCUAAGCAUAUUGAUGCUCUGGAAAAACAAUCUGUCUGGACCGAUUCUGUCUAACAUCGACAAGAUGGGGAACUUAAUUGUCAUAGAUCUUUCUGUCAACCAGCUAAGCGGUGAAAUUCCAUUCGCAAUUGGCAAACUUGAAUCUCUGGAUCAGCUAAUUCUGAAUGAGAACCAGCUCACUGGAGAAAUCCCUCCACAGCUUGGUGUGCUGCGGAAAUUGACAAAGAUAGUACUGUUUGGUAACAAGCUUAAGGGGUGGUUGCCCCAGGAUUUGGGUACAUAUUCUAAUCUUUAUAAUGUCGAUGUAACGGCAACUGGUUUGGAGGGUCCCCUGCCGAAGAAUCUGUGUAAGAACGGGCAGCUUCUUGGAUUGGCUUUAGCUUCAAAUAAUUUCAAUGGAAGUUUGCCUCCAUCCCUGGAAGAUUGCGAAAGUUUACAGAAUGUGCAGCUGAAUGACAACCAGCUCAGUGGUGAAAUUCCUGUCGGGCUAUGGAGAUCUUCAGGUAUUAGACAGUUGCUGCUUCACAAUAAUAAAAUUGAAGGCCAGAUUUCUGCGGCGAUUGGACAAGCAAAGAGCCUGGCUUGGUUGCAAAUAAGCAACAACAAGAUCAGCGGAAGCAUUCCCCCAGAGAUUGGACAGCUGAAAAAUCUCCAGAGCUUAAACGCGAGCAACAACCAAUUGUCAGGGUCCAUUCCAAAUGAGAUUGCGAACUUGACAUUGAUCAGUAAUCUUCAGCUUGAUCAUAAUUUUCUGUCAGGAGAAAUUCCCACGGGUUUCAUUUCACUGAAGAAGCUUUCUUUUCUCAAUCUGGGUACCAAUCGUCUUACAGGUGAAAUCCCUGCAUCCUUGGGCGACUUGCCCGCACUGAACAUUCUUGAUCUCUCAAAUAAUUUGCUUUCAGGCGAAAUUCCUGUUGAAUUAGGACGCCUACCAUUAUCUGGUUUCAAUGUAUCCGGCAAUCGCCUGAACGGCCCUGUUCCUGCCGCUCUAGACAAUGCGGCUUACAAAGAUGCUUUCCUCGGCAAUCCAGAAUUAUGCGGAGGUCAGAAUUUGAUGCUAAGAUCGUGUUCUUCAGACAGGAUAUCAUCUAGGCGAUUGGUUACAAUUCUUGUACCCUCUGUGAUUUUAACAGCCAUGGCAAUCGGCUUCAUUUGUGUCUGUCGGAUCUCUCGGAGGAAAGCAAAGGGUACGCCAUCAUGGAAAUUGACAUCUUUCCAUUUGCCGGAGCUUGACGAAGUGCACAUCCUCCGCAACUUGUCGGAGGAUAAUGUUAUUGGAUCCGGAGGCGCUGGAAAAGUUUACAAGGUCAUUCUGCAGAGCGGAGAAGUGGUAGCAGUGAAGAAGAUCCGGAACAUGAGCCGCUCACGGGGAAAUUUUAAGAGAAAAGGUGCGCAGGAAAACAAUGAAUUGGGGGAAGUGGAGGUGGACAGACUGGGACUCAUCCGGCACACCAACAUUUUAAACCUUCUCUGCUGCAUUUGGAGCGAAGAGUCCGAUUUCAAGCUAUUGGUGUACGAGUAUAUGCCCAACGGGAGCUUGUUGGAGCGUCUGCAGAAUUCACAAGGACCGCAAAUGGGGUUGCCAUGGCCGACGCGCUAUAAGAUUGCACUGGGUGCAGCCCGUGGGCUGAGCUAUAUGCAUCACGAUUGCACACCUCCAAUACUGCACAGAGAUGUGAAAUCCAGUAACAUCUUACUGGAUAAAGAUUUCGAGGCUAAAAUUGCAGAUUUUGGUCUGGCCAGAGUCCUUAAUAACUUGGGUGAAGAGUACUCUGUUUCAGGUUAUGUGGGUUCUCAUGGAUAUAUAGCCCCAGAGUACGGCCGUAGACUGAAAGUGAGCGAGAAAAGUGACGUUUACAGCUUCGGAGUGGUGGUGUUAGAGCUGGUGAGUGGGAUGAAAGCUACGAAUGAGGUGCAGUACGGGGAAGGAGUGGACAUUGUGGAGUGGACCUGCAACACAAUAAUAGGCAGGGGAGAGAUGGGAGUGUUGGAUUGGCGAAUAUUGGAAGAGAAGUGCGUGGAGCAAAUGCUGUUGGUGUUGCGAGUGGGUCUGGUAUGCACAAACAGGGACCCCAAACGGCGGCCUUCGAUGAGGAAAGUGGUGGAGAUGUUGGUGAUGUGCAAUCCAGAGCAAGAGGAAAGGGAUAACAUAUUUUAUCAGCAGGCGAGGAGUAGUCGGAGGGCGGAUGCCAAUUUCUCCGUUACCAGGCCAUUCUUUCAAAGAGACGCUUCAGAUCUGGAGACUUGAAAAUCCUCCAACUCCGCCAUCUAAAUUCCCCUCGAAGAACCGAUGAAAUUCAUGUAUUUUUCUCACCUGGUUAUAUGAAACAAAACUGUUGUAAAGAAGCAGCUAGAAAAAGUCGAAAUCUAAAGAAACAAAUGUCAAACAAAUAUUUAAGAGUAGAAUAAUGAGUAUUGUAAAUAAAUGAUUUUAUAAAUAAUAGAA